CACACAUCUUGCAAGUAUAUAUUCUUCGGUCCAAGUCCCAUCCCUCUCGACCAACCCACCAUGUCUAAACAAUACGCCUCCACCCAACCACCGACCUACACCAACCAAAUCCGCAACAUCGCCAUCGUAGGCGCAACCGGAAAUUCAGGCAAACACAUCACUUCCGCCCUCCUGGCCAACCCAUCCUUCAAGAUCACAGCCCUCACUCGUGCAACCAGUGGCCCACCGCCCCCAGGCGUCCACAUCGCCACAAUCGACUACUCCAACCCCUCAACCCUAGUAGAAGCCCUCAAAAAUCAAGACGUGCUCAUCAUCACCCUCGCAGUCGCCGCACCGCCCGGCACAGCAACCGCCCUCGCAGAAGCAGCAGCAAAAGCAGGCGUCCCCUGGAUCCUACCCAACGAAUUCGGAACAGAUACAAACGACCCCAUCGUCGGCAACGACACGUUCGUGAACCAAAGCAAAAUCGACGACCGCAACGCCAUCGAGAAACUAGGCGUGUCCAGCUGGAUCGGGAUCUGUACGGGGUUCUGGUACGAGCAUUCGCUGAGCGGACCCGAGUGGUACGGCAUCGACGUGCUCGACAAAAAAUGCGUCUUCUUCGACGACGGAACCCAGCGUAUCAAUACGACCACUUGGCCUCAGGUCGGCCGCGCAGUUGCAAAUCUCCUCGCCCUGCCUAUUUUGCCACACGACGAAGCGGAUACCAGGACCACGCUGGACUCGUUCCGGAACCGCAUGGCGUACGUGUCGUCGUUUGCUGUCAAUCAGCGCGAGAUGCUGGAUUCCGUGCAGCGCGUUACGCAGACCACCGAUGCGGAGUGGACUAUCACCAGGGAGAAUUCGCGGGAGCGCUAUGAGAAGGCGAAGCAGGAGAUGUUUGCUGGGGAUCGACGUGCGUUUGGGAGAGUGCUGUAUACGAGGUAUUUCUUUUCUGGUGAGAAUGCAGGGUUGGUGGAGGUUACGAGGGGGUUGGAUAAUGAACGGCUUGGGUUGGUGGAGAAGGAGGAUUUGGAUGAGGCUACGAGGAAGGCGAUUGCUUUGGCUGAGGGGGGGUACGGGGGGCGGUAUAUGAAGUCUUGA